AUGGACAAACUCGCAGUUGAGCUGCUGACCCUCAUAUCUUUCUACGCAUGCACCGACGGCGGCCCGACCGGUUGCUCCCUCUCUCUCGUCUCGCGGCGCAUCCGCGAGGUCUCCCGCCCCGCCCGCUUCUUUUCUGUAUCCCUCAUGACCUCGCCAACACAAAUCGAACAGUUCCUCGAGUGUCUCCAAAAUGAGCGCGCACGCGCCACCGACAUGCUCCCCCGCGUCCGGCACCUCUGUCUCUCGCUCUUCGGCAACGGGACCGCAACCACCACUUCUACCCUACCAGCCUCUCCAUCUCCGUCAAUGCCUGCGCCCGUGGGGCCACCGAGGUCACGCGUGGAAUUUCUUGCGGCCCAGCGGCGGCGUGCGCAACAAUGGCACACGGGGCAGGACACGCUCGACGAGCAGUACGGACGCAUCAUCCCAGCGCUGAUCCGCGCGGUCGCCCCCGACGUGCAUACAUUCGCGUUCCUGCAGGCGCAGUGGCGGAGCACAAGCGUCAUCCGCUGCGUGUUCCCGAAUCUGCGCGAGCUCACGCUCGUCGGCGGCGACCCGAGCUUCCAACCGUUCGCGUUCGUGUCGAGCGACAAACCGCUGUAUCCUGCGCUCAAACGCCUCCACCACAUCCUUGCGUGGGUCGGGAAGGACGUCGACUUCAUGCAGUGGGGCUUGCAUGCCCCGAACGUGACACACCUGCGCGUGUCCCGGCUGGACUACCACCCACGCAUCACGGUCGAGACGCUUGACCAGGCUAUCGGCGAGAACGAGCCGGAGUGCUUCCCGCACCUGCAGAGCGUGGUCAUCCAGCCGUGUCCAGCGCCCCCGCCCGUGGCACGGAUGGGUCCCACUCACCUCGCGUUCCGCGACUACCUGGUCUAUCUGGAACGCCUCGCGGAGCGGGCACGCGUCCCCGUGAGGGUGCUCCCGCCGCUCGAGAUGCCGAAACUCAUGCCUGGGGUGGACCCGCAGCAGAAGUGCAUCCACCGCGUGAAGGAUGAGUGGCUCGACCGUGUGGAGGGUGACGGGGAUGGUUGCUGGCGGGAGGGCAUGCACGGGCGACAGGCUCCCAUCGCGUGAUUACUGUUCGAUAGGGACGUGGAUGCUGUACCGGUUUACGAUUGAAAGGGUGCGAUACACAUAUUCAUAUCACUUCU